CACCGGCUCCGGGUUGUGGUCGACACCGGCUCCGGGUUGUGGUCGACACCGGCUCCGGGUUGUGGUCGACACCGGCUCCGGGUUGUGGUCGACACCGGCUCCGGGUUGUGGUCGACACCGGCUCCGGGUUGUGGUCGACACCGGCUCCGGGUCGACCCGGCUCCGGGUCGUGGUCGACACCGGCUCCGUGUCGUGGUCGACACCGGCUCCGUGUCGUGGUCGACACCGGCUCCGUGUCGUGGUCGACACCGGCUCCCUGUUGUGGUCGACACCGGCUCCGGUGAGGUCAGGUCACUCUGGUUGAUUCAUAUUGGUCAGCCUGUUUGAGUCAGGUCACUCUGGUUGAUUCAUAUUGUUGAGCCUGUUUGAGUCAGGUCACUCUGGUUGAUUCAUAUUGUUGAGCCUGUUUGAGUCAGGUCACUCUGGUAGUUUCAUAUUGUUGAUCCUGUUUGAGUCAGGUCACUCUGGUUGAUUCACUAGAAUGCAUAUUGAUUGGAUGGAUGAAUGCCCUUUGAUAAGGUGGGUCUGAAAUGGUUUGAAAUUGAAUUUCUACAUGAUGAACUAAAAUGAUGAACUAAAAUGUAUCCAUCUCCCAGAUCCCCCAGUGGUGUGCAGAGUUCUGCCUGUCGGCCCAGUACCAGCACGGCGUGGCUGUGUCUACCCAGAUCCACUCACAGCAGGCGGUGGGCCUGGCCCUCAGGGUGGCCGAUGAGAUGGACGUCAACAUUGGACAUGAAGUGGGCUACACCAUCCCCCUGGAGACCUGCUGUUCUACUGACACUGUGCUCAGGUUCUGUACAGAUGCCCUGCUACUGAGGGAGAUGAUGUCUGACCCCAUGUUGGAGCACUAUGGGGCCAUCGUCAUCGACCAGGCUCAUGAGAGGACCGUCAGCACAGACAUACUGCUGGGACUGCUCCAGGACAUCCUGGUCCAUAGACCAGACCUGAGGGUGGUGAUCCUGACUGUGUCCUCCAUGACAGACAGGCUCCUGGCCCACUACGGUAGUAACGUCCCUGUGGUCAGUCUGGAAGCCCUCUGUCCAGCUGAGGUGGUCUACAGUAACUGUAGUAGUAAAGACUACUUCUACUCUGCUCUGAGACUGGUAUUGGAGAUCCACCGCACCAAGGAGGAGGGAGAUGUGGUGCUGUUCUUGGCCUCAGCUCAGGAGGUUGUCUGUGCCCGUGCUAUCCUCCAGAGAGAGGGAACCAGACUGGGGGCAGACCUUGGGGAGCUGGUGCCCGUGGUCUUGUGCCCUGGGCGUGGUCGGACACCCUCUCUCCUGGGGGAGGGGAUGGGGAGUAGGGGAACCGUUACGACCAGUUGCCGGAGGGUUUUCCUCUCCACAAGCCAGGGAGAGGACAUGUUCUGGGCUGUGGACUCUGUUAACUUUGUCAUCGACGUAGGACUGGAGAAAAGACAUGUGUAUCAUCCCAGGUUAAGGGCCACCUCUGAAUCAGUACUACGAUCCAUCAGCAGAUACCAGGCUGAUGUCAGGAAGCAGCUGAUUGGACCGACAGGGAAGUGUUUCUGCCUGUACCCUAAGGAAAGAGUACUCCCCAUAGAGACAUCCCCUCAGAUCCUGGACGCCAACCUCACCUUCACCAUCCUCUUCCUCAAGAGGAUGGAGAUCGCAGGGCUGAGACACUGUGACUUCAUCACCAGACCAGAUCCAGAGGGUCUGAUGCAGUCGCUAGAGGAGCUGGAUUACCUCGCGGCAUUGGACGACGAUGGGAACCUAUCAGAGAUCGGGAUCAUAAUGUCUGAGUUGCCAUUGGACGCUCAGAUGGCCAAGGCUCUGCUGGAGUUUGAUUGUGAGCUCGUCCCUCGUCUCAUCCUCCGCCUCGCCCCCCGCCUGCCCUCCGUCCUAGCCCCUUCCCCGUCUCGUCCUCAGUCUCGUCCUCAGUCUCGUCCUCAGUCUCUCCCCCGUCUCUCGUCCUCCGUCUCGUCCUCCUGGCCUCCCCGUCUCGCUCCCUCCGUCUUGUCCUCCGCCUCGCCCCCGUCUACGUCCUCCGUCUCCCCCCGUCUCGUCUCAGUCUCGCCCCCAGUCUCCCCUCAGUCCCGUCCUCAGUCUCGUCCUCGUCUCGCCCUCCGUGCCUCGUCCUCCGUCUCCCCGUCUCGUCCCUCAGUCUCUGCCUCAGUCUCGCCCCUCCGUCUCGUCCCCCUGUCUAGCCCCCAGUCUCGUCCUCAGUCUCGUCCUCCGUGCCACCCCCAGUCUCGUCCUCCUCUCCCCCAGUCUCGUCCUCAUCUUGUCCCCCAGUCUCGUCCUCAGUCUCGGGGCCUCCGUCUCCCCAGUCUCGUCCUCCGUCUACCCAGUCUCGCCCCCAGUCUCGGCCCUCCGUCUAGCCCUUCUCCUCUCCCCCAGUCUGGUCCCCAGUCUCGUCCCUCCGUCUCCCCCCCCGCCCGUCCUCAGUCUCGCUCCCUCAAGCCUCCCCCGUCUUGUCCUCAGUCUCCGUCCUCCGGCCUCCCCAGUCCCGUCCCCAGUCUCGUGCCUCCGUCUCCCCCGUCCUGGAGUCCUCCGUCUCGUCCUCCGUCCAGCCCUCAGUCUCGGCCCUCCGUCUCCCCCGUCCCGCCCUCAGUCUCGUUCUCCAUCUCCCCCAGGCUCGCCUUCUCGGCCUCAGCCCCCGCCUCGGUCCCCCGCCUCGCCCCCAGUCUCGUCCUCUGUCUUGUUUGCCUAGUGGUCUGCCCGAGUGGUCUGCUAGUGGUCUGCCUAGUGGUCUGUCUAGUGGGUCUGCCUAGUGGUACGCCUAGUGGUCUGGUGGUCUGCCUGAGGUCUGCCUAG